GUUUGGAAACGGGUCGGCCAUAAGCUCCCUCACCACUUCUGCUCUCUCUCUUUCUUCCAUUUUCUCUCUUCAAGUUUCUCUCAAAUACACCCACUGUAAAUCACCAAGUUUGCAAAAUCCAACCGUCCGAUCUUCGAUCCGAUCGUAUUUUCACCGUGAAAGUGGCCCCAAUCUAGAAGUAGGGCCAGAUUUCCAGGAUUAUACUCAACCUCCUCCCAGGCUCAGAGUUGAGUUACUCUUUUCCAGAUGGCAUUAAGAGGUGUUUGGCAACUUCAGAAGCUAAUCGUUAGCUAUUGUGAUUGGGGAGGCAGUAGCAAGGGUAUCAGGGCAUUUAUGGAAUCUCAUUUGCCAGCAUUUAAAGAGAACAAUCCUCAACUUGAAGUUGUGACUGAGCUCAUUCGCGGCCAGCACUCACAUUUGAAGGGCUUUUACAAAAACAAGAACCAGAGAGUGGUCUGUGUGAAAAAUUUGCCACCAGAAGAUAUACUCCUGCAUGCAACCAGACUGAGAAAUGCAUUGGGAAGGAAAGUUGUGAAGCUGAAAACGAGACACGUCACCAAGCACCCCAGCGUGCAGGGCACGUGGACGACUGACUUGAAAUUUUGAGGCUCAAAACCCAUUUUUCUUGGUUUUGGCAAAACCUGUGCUGCUUAUGGCUCUGCUGAAAAUGGAGAACCAAACUGUGUCCCAUUCAAGUGUUUCUAAAUUCUAACUAAUGCUGCCCCUUGGAUAGAGAAGCUUAUUGGGUUGGUAUUAUUGUCGGUUUAGGAGAAUUUUUGUGAGAGCGCAUAGGAUUUUGCGGUCUGUUUGGAUUUGCUAGGAAGGAAUGGUGAGCUUCUUAGGGGCUCUUCUGGGAAUGAAUGUUUCCUUUGUAUUUUUAAUUUUCUAAUUUUAUAAUAUGAAUUGAAAAACAUAA